AUGUCCUUUUAGGAGAAAAAAAUGUCUUUAUCGUCUCUAUUCCUAUUGGUUUAUAUGAAGAAAAAUGGGUAGAAAACGUCAUCUUUAAAUAAGUUUGGAGAGGUGCAGGUUGAAGGAGGACAGCCUGAUGGCUGUGGGUGACUAUCGGAUGAGAUCUUGUGGUAGAAAUACUCCUAACCAUGUUAACUGCAGCAUGAAGUAUGCAUCUUGCAAACUACAAAAUUAGAAACACUAGAAGUUCCAGUUGAGGGGGCAAGACUGAACUGUAUUUGUGAAAGAGUCAUGUUAUGUCCUGUGCUCUGACAAUCACCAGUGCGUCCUUCAGGUGUCAUGUGAAUAAAUACAGAAUUUAAGCCUUUGUGUUUUAGAACUAAGCAUCUUUCUUAUUAAUGUAAAUUGAUUACAGUGUCAAUAUCGCAGUUGUGCUUUUAAAUAAAUCCCAAAUGUGGCAGGAAUUUCAGCACUGACUUCAUGUUGGAAGUUGGAUGGCGUAUAUACUUCGGAAGCGGUGCACGUGGUAUCUCCAUGGGGGGUGCCAACCUCACUGUCUCAGUUGGUUUUCCAGCCAUUUAAUGCAGGUGCCAUGUUGGUGGUGCUGUUAAAAGAAUUCUCUUGUUUACCCCAAGUGCCAGAUGGGAAGGGAGGGGAAGAAGCAGAUCUUGCUGGAAACUGAGCGUUACCAAAUGUGCUCGUGUGCUCUGAAGCAGAGUGGCUCUUUCGUUCCCCAUGACCACUGUAAAGACAACCUCGAAACGGGAAGAUGUGAUCAGCUUUCAUGGGACAGCCAUCUAUGAAGCCGUACGCUCCAGCUUUCAUUCUCCUGUGGGGUUUUGUCGGGCUAGCGAGGGCUGCCAAAAUCGUUGUUGUGCCGCCAAUUAUGUUUGAAAGCCAUCUUUAUAUUUUCAAGACUCUGGCCUCAGCCUUGCAUGACCAAGGUCACCAGACAGUGUUUCUCCUCUCUGAGGGCAGAGAGAUUCCUCCAUCUAAUCACUAUAGACUUCAGCGCUACCCAGGGAUCUUUAACAGCAGCACCUCGGAUGAUUUUCUCCAGUCCAAGAUGAGGAGUAUCUUCUCUGGGAGACUGACAGCCCUCGAACUGUUCGAUAUCCUGGACCACUAUUCCAAGAACUGCGACAUGAUCGUUGGCAACCAAAACCUCAUGCAUGCUCUGAAACAGGAAAAAUUUGACCUCCUCCUGGUAGAUCCCAAUGAGAUGUGUGGAUUUGUUAUAGCUCAUCUUUUAGGGGUGAAAUAUGCCGUCUUUUCCACGGGCCUCUGGUAUCCAGCAGAAGUGAGUGCUCCAGCUCCUCUGUCUUAUGUUCCAGAAUUUAACUCACUGCUCACAGAUCGCAUGAACCUAUUUGAGAGGAUUAAAAAUACAGUUGUUUAUAUUAUUUCAAGAUUUGGAGUCAGUUUUUUGGUUCUGCCAAAAUAUGAAAGGAUAAUGCAGAAAUACAAGGUUCUGCCGGAACGGUCCAUGUAUGACUUGGUUCAUGGAUCCAGCCUGUGGAUGCUUUGUACUGAUGUAGCGCUGGAGUUUCCAAGACCUACGCUACCCAAUGUUGUUUAUGUUGGAGGAAUCCUAACCAAGCCGGCCAGCCCUCUGCCAGAAGAUCUCCAGACGUGGGUGAAUGGUGCUAACGAAAAUGGCUUUGUCCUCGUCUCGUUUGGAGCUGGAGUGAAAUACCUUUCAGAAGAUAUAGCAAAUAAGUUAGCACAUGCUCUCGCCAGGCUGCCGCAGAGAGUUAUUUGGAGGUUUUCAGGAAAUAAACCAAGGAAUUUAGGCAACAAUACAAAGCUUAUAGAAUGGUUACCACAAAACGACCUCCUUGGUCACUCUAACAUUAAGGCUUUCCUUAGUCACGGAGGUUUGAACAGCAUUUUUGAAACCAUGUACCAUGGGGUCCCGGUGGUGGGGAUUCCCCUCUUUGGAGACCACUACGAUACUAUGACUCGUGUGCAGGCCAAAGGCAUGGGAAUAUUGUUGAACUGGAAAACAGUCACUGAGAACGAAUUAUAUGAAGCCCUAGUAAAAGUCAUUAAUGAUCCCAGCUACCGGCAGCGGGCCCAGAGGCUGUCUGAGAUCCACAAAGACCAACCCGGUCAUCCCGUUAACCGGACUGUAUACUGGAUUAAUUACAUCCUCCGUCACAACGGAGCCCAACAUCUACGUGCCGCUGUUUACAGCAUCUCUUUCUAUCAGUAUUUCUUACUGGAUAUUGCCUUUGUUGUACUAGUGGGUGCUGCCUUACUUUAUUAUAUUUUGGCCAGGAUAACAAAAUUUAUCUGCAAACAAAGCAAAAAUAUUUGGUCCAACGACAAACAUAGCGCUGUUAAUGGACAUUACCAGAAUGGGAUACCAAAUGGCAAGUAUAGAAGAAAUGGCCACAUUAAGCAUGAAAAAAAGGUGAAAUGAGCCAACCGCCCCAUGUAAAGUAGUAAUAAAUCAGAUCAGUAAUCGAAUUUUAUCGCUGUAACUUAAUCUAACAACUACUUAAAACCUCAAUAAGCAGUUCUAACACUCCCCUUCAGUAUGUAAUAUUAUGUGACAAAAUUCUACGGAACUUAGAAAAGUCUUAAAAAGAAAAAAAGGGAAGAGCAAGCACAACCUAGAAUGGAAAAUAUUUUAUUCUUAAUACUGAUGCAGAGGGGUUAUUUUGGCACUGAAGUUUUUAGAAGCCUUAAUUCUCUAAAGUUAUAAAAUGCCGGUAUUUAUGAAUUUUCAGUUUCUAAGAGCUAAAUGUGUGUGUCCCAAAUGAGGAAAGGUUUCUUUUUUAUUUGCAGAGUUUUUUUCCUUUUUUUAAAAUUAUUUUAAUAUAUCCAUCUUUUAGCUGAGAGAACUUUAGUGCUAGCUCUGUUUCCUUUGUUGAAGGUUCAACACAUUGUGUAUGAAUAUUGUUUUGAAAAGACUAGUAACUUUUCCCAGUCUUUGUGCAAGAAAUAGCAAAUUGCAAACUGACAACAGACAUUUUUAAAAGAACCAACCUUAAAAUGAGCACUGAAGAAAAAUGGCAAAAAUAUGUACUCCUUUUACUGUUAAGCUGCAUGACUCUUCUGCUCACUACCAGUACUUUGGACAAAAGGGUCUAGAGCAAGUCUACAAUAUGUCUGAGUUUUUAAUUUAUACAGAAUUUUAUUUGUUGCCUUUCUCUGUAUAUAUAAUUUAUGCCAUGAAAAUAUUAGGGCGUUCUGUUUCAAUUUAAAAUGUGGCUGUGUGAGAAGUAGAUCUGCGUAAUUAAGAAAAAUAAAUGAAACAAACAUAAGCCUACAAAGGAAAAAGAAAAUCUAGCCCUGUGCUUAAUGCAAAAGGUGUUGUAAUGGCCCAGAGCUGUGCAGAAUACACCCACUCUUUGGGGUUUGUUUAAAAACCAAACAGCAAACACCCCACUCCACCCCGAAGUUGAAUGUCUUUCCUAUUAAUUCUCAUUAUUAUUAAGUUCUUUCUGAAUCGCAGUGUUGUAGAUGUUCUCUUUCAAUGGUUGUAUCUGGAAAAAUAUUACCUUCUAUUAGUCUGGGCCACGCAAUCCAUGUUUUGCAUAGUUGCCAAUACAAACUCUCCAGUGCGGGAUGGGAGGCUGCUCUCCGGGUUGGGCGACCAGCCUUCUUUCCGAGGUCUGACAGGACACGUGGGGUGAAGCCCGUCCACCCGAGUGCGAGGUUUGCAGAGGUGGUCGUCUCCCCCUUCCCUGCUACGGCCCCUCCCUGCAACAAUCUCCUUCAAUCAUUGUCGCCGACGUGGGAUGCUGGCGGUGGUGCGCACCGAGGGCAGGGAUGCAGGGCGCCGGGGGUAAAAUCAUAACCGCCCCGCGGAACCAGAGUUGGCAACUAUGAGUUUAUUUCCAUGUCAUUCUGUUUACUUGGAAUUUGCACUACACAAGUUGUGUGUGUAUGCUUUAUUUAUUUGUAGUUUGGAUUCCCAUGCCUGAAAGAGAAAGGAAAGAAACCCAUUUACCUAGUGUUGUUCACUAACGUGGGAAGAGUUGUGACGACUACGGGAUGCUGAGAUCAUCUUCAUACACAGUGAUGCAAUAUUUCACUACCAUUCCAUCAGGAGCCUCUAUCCUAUAGCAAUAAAUAACAGUACAGAUAUGUUUCUAAUUUACAGUACAGCUACUUGUACUGCUUUCUGAAUACUUGAAGAAAAUGGUAUUAUAAAUAAGCCUAUUAGCUAUACCUUUUUACAAUCUUGCAGUUCGUGGCAACUAAAGGAGCACACAGAGGCGAUGAAUGGUGGGAUGCUGAUAGGACUUCGAGUGUAUGAAUGACUUGGUUUAGAUGGUUUUUUUUUUUGGCAUUGAAGAAGGUACAAAAGCACUGACCGGAUGAUUAAGCAUAAUUUAAUCUCCACUGUGAUAAAACUUAAGCAAUAAACAUGGAUUUAAUA